AUGUUCAACGACAUCAGCAAGCCCCCUCCUCCACUGCCGAGCCCGGAGCUCACCAAGAUCAUGCCCGGCGUGUCUCUCCUCCGGCCUCUGAGUCGCCUCGGCACUGGUCCCGGGAUGAUCAUUCUAACACACGACUACCAGGACUCAUUGGCCAUCAAUGAGGGUGUGCCAUCACCGUUGGUCAAGUGGGCAGAGGAAGGAUAUGCUGUCAUUGAGAUCCAGGCCACAGCACUUACCACUGCUAAGGGAGAUAUCAUCAAAUCUGCCGUUGAGACCCUCAGAGAUUGCGACAAAUGCGAACCAAAAGAUAAGGUUGGGCUUGUUGAGAAGAUGGGCGGUCCAUAUUUCGAUUUGGAGUUUAUCUGGGAAGAGCAUACUUAUUAUGAGUUUGCGGACCGAUCCAUGGAACACACUAUGAGUACUAUGGUCCAGGAGCCAUACGUGAAUCAUAUACCAACAAUGACCGGCGGUAUUGGCCGCGCAAAACUCUCCCAUUUCUACCAACACAACUUUAUCUUCAACAAUUCUGCGGAUACCGAAUUAGAAUUGAUUAGUCGAACAAAAGGCAUUGAUCGCAUCAUUGAUGAGUUCAUUUUCAAGUUCACCCACGAUCAAAUGAUUGACUGGAUGCUACCUGGAGUGCCGCCUACGAAUAAGAAAGUUGAAAUUCCUUUCACAGCCGUAGUAAAUAUCCGCGGCGAUCGGCUAUACCAUGAACACAUAGCUUGGGACCAGAGCAGCGUCUUGCAACAGCUUGGCCUCUUGCCCGAAUACCUUCCUUUCCCAUAUCGCCUGCCAGAGGAAAUGGCGGCGGCUGCAAACAAAAGUUUCGAGUAUCGCCUACCGGUAGCAGGUAUAGAAACCGCUCACAAGAUGAGGGACAGAAAUGCAGGCCCAUCGAACGAAAUGUUCAAGUUCAAAAUCCGCGAGGUCUGA